AUGAGGGGAAUCAUACUAGCGCUAGCGUUCACCCUUGUGGGGAGUGAAAAGUAUGACCCUGAGCCUGAUUUUAGUAGCAGCAAGAUCUACUUGUACAACUAUGAGGGCCUUACCCUGAAUGGACUGCCAGAACCUGGUUUGGCAAGAGCUGGGCUGAGACUGUCCUGUAAAUUAGAGAUCAGCGUAUUGUCACAGAGGAAGCACCUCCUCAAGAUCCGAUCUCCACAGCUGGAGGAAUACAAUGGGAUCUGGCCCAGAGAUCCAUUCAUUCGAGCUUCCAAACUCACUCAGACGAUCGCUUCGUAUCUCACCAAACCCUUUACGUUUGAAUACAGCAAUGGGCGGGUUGGAAACAUUUAUGCCCCAGAAGAUACCCCCAUCACGUGCAUUAACCUACUGAGAGGAAUGCUGAACAUGUUGCAGAUAACUAUGAAAAAGUCACAGAAUGCAUAUGAAUUGCAAGAGGCUGGGAUUGGAGGCGUCUGCCUUACAAGGUAUGUUAUCCAGGACGACAGGAGGAAUAACCGUGUCUCUGUUACCAAAACCAAAGACCUCAACAACUGCCAGGAUAAAGUGGUGAAGGAUAUUGGAAUGACUUUCAUCCGCCCUUGUCCUUCUUGCCCAUUGAAAGAAAAGGUUGUAAAAGGAACUGCUGCAUUCACCUACAAAUUGAAAUAUGCAGAUUCUGGUACCCUGAUCACAGAAGCUGUGUCCCAGCAAGUCUAUCAGAUCUCCCCUUUCAAUGAACCCACUGGUGUUGCUGUCACGGAGGCAAGACAAGAACUUACCUUGGUUGAAGUGAAAAAUGAACGUGUGAGCCCUCCAGAAAUUCAGCUGCAGAACUGUGGAGGCCUGCCUUAUCAUUUCUCACCACUACUGCUCCAGAUGCCAAUUCAGCUAAUCAAGACGAAAAACCCUGAGCAACGGAUCGUGGAAACAUUGCAACAAGUAAUCCAGGACAACCAGCAAGAGCUCCAUGGGGAUGCUCCAUACAAAUUCUUAGAGCUUAUCCAACUGUGUCGGGUAGCAAGUCCUGAUACCUUGGAGUCUGUCUUUAAGCAAUUUUCAGAUAAAUUUCAUCACAGGAUUUGGCUGCUGAGUGGAAUUACUAUGGCAGGCACCAUUGAUUCACUGAAGUUCCUUAAGCUGAGAAUUCGCAAUGAUGACUUUAAGUACAUUGAGGCACUUCUGACUGUUUCUGUUGCCCUCCAUUUAACAAAAGCGGAUGGUCAUACUAUUGCAGUAGCAGCAGAUCUAGUGACCAGCUCCCGACUUGAGAGAAUUCCCAUGCUUCGCCAGAUUGCUUAUUUGGGAUAUGCUUCCAUGGUAAACAGAUACUGUUCUCUGGCUUCAUCUUGCCCUAAUGAAGCUCUUCAGCCCCUCCAUGACCUUGCAGCCGAGGCAGCCAGCAAGGGCAAUGAAGAUGACAUUGUAUUAGCUCUGAAAGCCAUUGGCAAUGCAGGAGAACCAGCCAGUAUCAAGCGCAUCCUGAAGUUCUUACCAAUGUUUUCAUCUGGUGCUUCUAAUUUCCCAGUCCAUAUUCAGGUCGAAGCUGUGAUGGCCUUGAGGCAGAUAGGCUUGAAGGACUCCAGAAAGGUGCAGGACAUUCUUCUCCAGAUCUUUGUGGAUCAUUCACUUCCUCCUGAAGUCCGAAUGAUGGCUUGCGUUGUCAUAUUUGAAACUGGGCCUGCACUUCCUCUGGUAAUAACUAUGGCUAACGUGAUACUGAAAGAGACCAAUAUGCAAGUUGCCAGUUUUGUAUAUUCCCACAUGAAAGCUUUGUCAAGAAUUGGAUUCCCACGCUUCUAUAAUGUAUCUGCUGCUUGCAACAUUGCCAUUAAACUGCUGAGCCCCAGACUUGACAGACAGAGCUAUCGUUACAGUAAAGUUAUUCAUCUUGGUGGUUACUACAGUCGCUAUCAGGCUGGUGCAUUUGGAAAGAUCUUCCUUAUGAACAGUCCAAGAACAUUGUUCCCAUCAGCUUUAAUUUCCAGUUUGAUUGUAAACUAUGCAGGUGCAUCUACUAGUUUGCUAGAGGUUGGUGUCCGUGCAGAAGGUCUUACGGAUAUUAUAAGGAAACAAAACAUCCCAUUUGCAGAAUAUUCCACAUACAGAAAGAUAAAGGAGAUUGGGAAAACACUGCUGGGAUGGAGGGAGUUGCCUUCAGAAAACCCUGUGUUAUCAGCUUACUUCAAACUAUUAGGCCAAGAGCUGACCUUUGCUGACAUCAACAAGGAUCUCAUUCAGCAGGCUAUGAAGCUUGUGACUGGACCAGCAGACAGACACACAUGGCUGAAGAGAGUGAUCCAUCAAAUCCAAAAUGGCAUUGCAGGACGAUGGGUUCAGCCAUUAUAUUCAGGAGAAUUUCGGCACAUCGUCCCUAUCACUGUUGGUUGGCCAUUGGAAUACAGUUUAUAUACUACUGCUCUGGCACAUGCAACGGCCCGUGUUGAUGUAAAGCUGUCCCCUCCUAUAUCUGGUGAUUUUAGACCUUCACAGUUGUAUGAAUCCAACUUGCAACUUCGUGCUGACAUCAGCCCAAGUAUCUACUUUAACACAGUGGCAAUGAUGGGAAUCAACACAGAAUACUUUCAGUCUUCUAUUGAAAUUCACUCCAAACUCCGUGUACAAGCUCCAUUGAAAUUUGAUGCCAAGAUAGACAUGAAGGAAAAAAGUUUUAAGUUUGGAACAACCCCAUGCCAACAGGAGACUGAGAUAGCGAUGGGAAGGCAUAAGGCUUUUGCUGUAUCAAGAAAUAUAGGGGAACCAGGCACAGUGAAGAAGAUUCCAGUACUCCCAGAAGGUACUGGAUCAAAUAUUCUGAAGGAGCAUUUCAAAUCAUCUGAAAGAACUUCGAGAGAAGGUGCCGUGACGCAAAGAGAGGCUUCUGACAUCCUACCUAAGAAAUAUUCCUAUGGUCCUGAGCAGGAACUUCACCACAGUGCAGAAGGAAAAACAUAUACUCAAGCCAUUUGUGUCAAAGUGACUCGUUUUGGUUGUCAGGCCUGUUUUUACAGGAGAUCACGAGAUGCCUCUGUUUUAAAAAAUACAUAUUUUCACCGAUUAAUUGGAGAACAUGAAGCUAAAAUAGUUUUGAAACCAGCCCCUACAGAUGCAGCUAUAGACAAAAUACAGCUGGAGAUUCAGGCAGGAUCUAGAGCAGCUUUCAAAAUAAUCCAAGUGGUAACCCUAGAGUCCGAGGAAGAAGAUGAUUCAUCUCCAGAUGACGUGGUUCAAAUGAAACUGAAGAAGAUCCUAGGAAUUGAAAAUGUGUUUAAGGUUGCAAAUAGAACUCAGCGGUACAAGAAAGGAAAGACCCAGAUGACAGAGUUCCGGGUAGAGCCCAAUGCUAAAUAUCCAUCUAGUUCAUCUUCUUCAUCCGCCGACACUUCCUCCUCUUCUUCUUCCUCCUCUUCUAGAACUCCAGAGAUCUAUCAGUAUCGCUUCAAGUCAGCACAUACACAGGAGUAUCCCAAAAAGGAAGUCCCAGGCAGCAGCAGCGCCACCACCAGCAGCAGCUCCUCCUCCUCUUCCUCCUCCUCCAGCUCUAGUUCUAGUUCCAGUAGCAGCGAAGACACCAACAGAGCAGGUUCCCGGCCUAAAUUUUUGGGAGACAGUAAAGCACCAGAUCUGGCUGUUAUUCUUCGUGCUCUUCGAAAUGACAGAAAGCUGGCAGGCUUCCAGUUCGUGCUAUAUACAGAUUUAUACUCCACCAGACCCAGGAUACAAGUGUUUGUGUCAAACAUCACAGGAUCAAGCAGAUGGAAAAUCUGUGCUGAUGCUUCAAUCAUUAAUGCUCACAAGGCAACGGGUUAUCUGAAAUGGGGCCAGGAUUGCCAGGACUACAGGAUUUCUUCAGAGUUUGUAACUGGCCGGUUUGCUGAUCACCCAGCCAUUCAAGUGAAACUGGAGUGGCCUAAAGUUCCUUCAAGAGUCAAAUCAGUUGCCAGCUGGUUUUACACUUUCAUCCCAGGAGCUGCCUAUAUACUAGGCUACUCUGAAAUACAGCAAAAAAAUCCUUCUCAACAGGCCAAGUUGAUUGUGGCUCUAACUUCUCCAAGGACUUGUGAUUUUGUCGCCAAACUGCCUGAGCUGACCAUUUAUAACAGAGCCUUCUGGCUUCCGUUAUCAUUGCCUGUAGGGCCAUCUCUACCAGCCUCAGCACUGCAGCCCCCGAUCUGGAAUUUCUUUUCUGAAGCACCAUCCGCAGUCCUGGAGCAUCUUAAAGCUCGUUGCUCAGUUUCCCAAGACAAGAUCACAACCUUCAAUGAGGUACAGUUUAACUACUCACUGCCCACAAACUGCUACCACAUCUUGGCCCAGGAUUGUAGCCCAGAACUGAAGUUCCUGGUAAUGAUGAAGAAUGCGGAAGAAUCUGCUGACCUUAAAGCAAUUAAUAUCAAGCUUGGCAGUCAUGAAAUUGACAUGUAUCCGGCAAAUGGACUUCUUAACCUCAUGGUCAAUGGUGUUGAAACCCCAGUGGAGAAUAUCACAUAUACAUCUGACUUUGAUGCUUCUCUGAUGAUCAGCAAUGAGAAGAAAGGUCUAUCACUUGUGGCUCCUGACUAUGGCAUUGAUAAACUAUAUUUUGAUGGACGUACAUUCAAGGUUCAAGUUGCUUUCUGGAUGGCGGGGAAAACAUGUGGCAUUUGUGGAAAAUAUGAUGCUGAAAAUAAACAGGAAUUUCAGAUGCCCAGUGGAUAUGUAGCUAAAAAUGCAGUGAGCUUUGGGCAGUCUUGGAUUCUGUCAGAAAAGCCUUGUGCUGGCGCCUGUAAAUUGCAGCGCUCACUUGUGAAACUUGAGAAAACAAUUCGGCUUGAGGGCGAAGACUCAAAAUGCUACCCUGUUGAGCCUGUGCUGCGCUGCAUGAAAGGAUGUUCAGCAACUGAGACCACCCCAGUUUCUGUUGGCUUCCAUUGUCUGCCAGCUGAUUCAGCUGCCAGCUUAGUUGAGGGACAGAUGAAGCUUGACCAGAAGUCAGAGGAUAUACAGGACACAGUUGAAGCCCACACAGCAUGUUCAUGUGAGGAACUACAGUGCAUUGCAUGAGGCUACAGUUCAGCAGAUUAGAAACUUGGAGCAUUAUUUUUAUACUGUGAUGCCAGAAAAUUCCUCCCAGGCAAUCACAGAUAUGUUAAUUUAAGUGUUUAAAGUCCUACUGAAUCUUCUUAGAGAAAACUGAUCUUUCAAGGAAAUGUUAAACUUUAUCGCUGUAGAAACAAUACUGACUAUUCAUACAUAUGUGAUUUCCUAAUA